AUUACUUUAUUAUACAAAUUGAUUGAUGCCUUCAAUUUUAUAAAAGUUAUAGAUGUGGAAUAGUAUUCUGAAAGACGUGAAAAUGUUAACAGUUACCGUUAUAUUCACUUUCUUGGUUUUCACCAACUUUAGUGACGCUCUGUACUUGGAUUCUACUACAGAGAUAUGUAAGAAUACGAGUGUACGAUGCCUUUCAAACAACACUUACAUAACGUGCGUAAAUGCUGGUGCUUUUACAGUUCUUCUGAACACUCAGUUGACAUGCCCAGAGGGUUACAUUUGUGAUGACUCGGUGUUAUCACAUCCGUGCACUAAAGAAAAGGACAGUGAUUCAACAACAACAACAAAAACAACAACAAGUGCUGAAACAACGACACAUAGUUCAAAGAGGACAGGCAGUACAACUUCACAAACAGAUGUGGUAACUGAGGUCACUUCAACGACAACUAAAAAAGCUCCAAGACCAUCAACUGCCCCAGAAUGCAAAAAAACUGGAUUCUGGCCUGCAGCUAAAUGCACCCAGUAUUAUGAGUGUUUGUCUAAGAGGAAUCUGUUUUUCGGAUACAGCUAUUAUAGUGAACUACGUACUUGCAAAGAUGGUAAAUAUUACGAUACCAGAUCACAAGUUUGUGUAUUACCCGCUGAGAGCGACUGCUGAUUUGUCAACCAUUAAUGAUGUAUGUCAUGCAUCCUAACUAUACCUAGCUAAAAUAUGAAUAAUAUAUUAUUGUACCUCAUUAUUUUAUGGUCAUAAUGAUCUUAUCAUGGAAAUAAAAAGGUAUCAAUGAA